AAAUCUUCCCUUACAAUAAUCCCUAAAAAAACCCUAUAAAUUCCAAUUCUCUCUCUCUCUCUCUUUUCCUCUCUAAAAUUCAAACCUCAUCUCUUUUAUUUUUAUUUUCUCUCUCUCAACCCCAUGUCUCAAAUUCACAAAUCCGAUCAAGAGAAGGUAUUAGAAACCCCAAAGGCACUGGAAUACGGUGAUCGAAGCACGGAGGAAGGUAGCGGAGAAGCACUUAAGGCAGCGGAGGAUGAUGAAGGAGAGAGUUGUCGAACACCAACAUCACUCCGACAUCGAAUUCCGAUCGCACAAAGCUGCCCGACGACACCAAGAAAGCAGAGAGUUGCGAGAAAGAGGAAAAUUUCUGACCAAAGCUUCUUUGAGGCCACCGGAAGAGGAGAGGUAAGGGUACAGCGAGGGGCAAACCGACGAGAGGCAGGAAGGAUGCGUGAAGGCCAUAUGGACGCGUCUGGUUUUCUUUAUGCUUCCGCUGAUGUAUUUUGUGAGAAUAUUUGGUUUUGUGAUUUCGAGUUGAUGACCUGAGUAUUUUAUUUGAAACUUUUGUGACUGUGAUUUAAAAUAGGACCCGAAACUGUUUUUGUAAUAUUUCUAACGUUUUUUAAUGAAUCGUAACCGGUCCGUUA